CAAACAGGAGCAGGAGUCAACCUGGUGGGAACAAUGGCAAGCCGCCACACCACCAGUCCACCACAACCUCAUCCACUCUUCGUCCAACAUGAUCCAUUGGGGGCUGCCGAUACUGGCCAGCACCAGCACCCCAGCGACGGUCUGUUCACCGAUCAAGCAAGCGACCGCCGACCACUGGCUGCUCUGGAAAGCCUCUGAUCCGAAUGGAAGCGCUCCCCCUCCAAGCCGGGGUCAUCGUGGUUGGCCCUGUCGGCCAAGCGACUCCAAGUGGUUGCUGUCCAGGCAAAAGAAAUUAAAAGGAGGAUCCUUCCGAAUCGGUGCUGAGCGCACUUGUGAACAACCAUCAGCCAUCAUCUCUGUCUCUCUCUGUCUCUCGCCCAGUCUGUCCAUCUGCCACUGAUAGACUGUUAGUGCUACCCGUAGUGUUAGUGUUGGUGUUAGUAACGCUUUCCCAAUCCCAAUCCCAGGCCAGCGCUGCCCCGUGCCACCCUUUCGCCUGUCGCCGACUCAUCCCCAUG